AUUACUGUAUUUGGAAAUACUCGGAAAAUGCAAAUAUUCGUAAAGACAUUGACAGGGAAGACGAUCACGUUGGAGGUUGAGCCUAGUGAUACUAUUGAGAAUGUGAAAGCUAAGAUCCAAGACAAAGAAGGUAUUCCUCCUGACCAACAACGUUUGAUAUUCGCUGGUAAGCAGUUGGAAGAUGGACGUACUCUGUCUGACUACAACAUCCAGAAAGAGUCGACUCUGCAUCUUGUCCUUCGUCUACGUGGUGGAAUGCAAAUCUUUGUGAAGACGUUGACUGGUAAGACGAUUACGUUGGAGGUUGAGCCUAGUGAUACUAUUGAGAAUGUGAAAGCUAAGAUCCAAGACAAAGAAGGUAUUCCUCCUGACCAACAACGUUUGAUAUUCGCUGGUAAGCAGUUGGAAGAUGGACGUACUCUGUCUGACUACAACAUCCAGAAAGAGUCGACUCUGCAUCUUGUCCUUCGUCUACGUGGUGGAAUGCAAAUCUUUGUGAAGACGUUGACUGGUAAGACGAUUACGUUGGAGGUUGAGCCUAGUGAUACUAUUGAGAAUGUGAAAGCUAAGAUCCAAGACAAAGAAGGUAUUCCUCCUGACCAACAACGUUUGAUAUUCGCUGGUAAGCAGUUGGAAGAUGGACGUACUCUGUCUGACUACAACAUCCAGAAAGAGUCGACUCUGCAUCUUGUCCUUCGUCUACGUGGUGGAAUGCAAAUCUUUGUGAAGACGUUGACUGGUAAGACGAUUACGUUGGAGGUUGAGCCUAGUGAUACUAUUGAGAAUGUGAAAGCUAAGAUCCAAGACAAAGAAGGUAUUCCUCCUGACCAACAACGUUUGAUAUUCGCUGGUAAGCAGUUGGAAGAUGGACGUACUCUGUCUGACUACAACAUCCAGAAAGAGUCGACUCUGCAUCUUGUCCUUCGUCUACGUGGUGGAAUGCAAAUCUUUGUGAAGACGUUGACUGGUAAGACGAUUACGUUGGAGGUUGAGCCUAGUGAUACUAUUGAGAAUGUGAAAGCUAAGAUCCAAGACAAAGAAGGUAUUCCUCCUGACCAACAACGUUUGAUAUUCGCUGGUAAGCAGUUGGAAGAUGGACGUACUCUGUCUGACUACAACAUCCAGAAAGAGUCAACCUUACAUCUUGUUUUGCGCCUACGUGGAGGCAUGUGAUUUCUGUUAAAGUAGAAUUAAAAAAUAAAUUUUAGUUUGAUUUUAUUUCUAAACGUAGUUCUGUUUUCUCGAGCUGCGAAUGAUGUUGAUCUGUUGUGUUGUACUAAGUAGUGCGUUUUAGCAGUGUGAUACGGUCGAUGGAUAUUCGAGCUUGUACAGAUUUCAGCUAAGUCAUUCAUUGUUUAAUCAUGUUGUAGGACGAGUCGUUUGGACACAAUGUGUUUGAUGAUAUAGGCUUUAGGAGUUGUAUGGUAUUGAGUAAGGAUACGCGUUUUGAAAUUUGUAGGAAAGUAAUCGCAAAUAAAGUGAUUGUCAUAUUACAACCGACUUCGUGACAUCACAUAAUCCAUUGCUGUAGAUAUCGACCGCAUAUCAGACUUGAGUUUGUAUAUCCAACCCAUUCUCAGCGUCUUUUCCUAGUUCCCGUUUCAGUUGGAUGCUGGUUUGUUCUCUCCCGCGGUAGGCUGUUGCUGAUGAUAUCCGGCCAACGGACAAUAAGUAUAUUGUGUAGAAAGUUGCUUAUAAAUACCUGUACCCUUUUGAUGGUGGUUGUAAUAGUUCUCGGAGCUUAAGCUCUGUACAGUAGAACUGUCUUGACGUU